GAACUUAGCUAUAUAAAGGAUAACGCGGGGUUAUUAUCAUUCUUCAACUGGUGGUGUCUUCUCCAGCACAGGUGUCACCGGUGGCUGCAGACUCGACUCGUCCAAAGUAACUAAUAAAGCAUAAGAUGGCAAGAUACUCCACAGCGAUGAAAUGUUUGUGCGCCGUCACUUGCAUUAUGAUCAUGGCAGCGACAGUGACUUCGGCAGCACCAUCCUAUGCAGAUUACGACAAUAAUAUAAGGGAUUUAUUGGACAUAUUCCUCCAGAAGGAAGCCCUUGAAGAUAAAUACGGGCCAGUGCACCAGUUGGUCAGGAAAUCGAGCCGGUCACCCUCUUUGAGACUCCGAUUCGGGAGAAGGUCCGACCCUAGUAUGACACCCGAGGCGGCGUUCAUGAUGGCCCAAGCAGUCGACCAUGAAAACAAUUAAUUAUCCUAAUUCGCUACGUUGAAUGCCACUGAUACCCAUACUGACGUAGGUCCUUCUAGUAUCGACAAAGUCAUCCUUUCGAGUAUUUUUUUAAUUGCCGUUAAACGCAGUGUAUAGAGUAUGUGUCACCCGACAUUGUUUUCUAAGUGUGAUAUAAUUCAUUCCAAAUUUAUAAUCAAAAAAUUAGUAUCUAUGUAUAUUUUGUCCGGUACUUGGUUAGGCGAGUACCUAAUUUAAUAAUUAAAAGAACUGUAUCGCACCUGUCACACUCGCAUGCUAUGUACAAGCUGUUGGUCAUUUGUGUAAAUUUCUGCAAGGAAAUAAAUGAAUUUUGUGAUGUA